AUGGCAGAGGAGGAAGGUGAUGUGGAUGAGGGGGAUGUGUUCUUGGCAUUUGCCCAGGGUCCCUCUCCUCCCAGGGGUCCCCUGCAACGCGCCUUGGACAAGAUGUUCUUUAUCUUCCUGGCCCUUUUCCUGACACUGCUGAUGCUGGAGGCUGCUUAUAAACUGUUGUGGCCACUACCGUGGGCAAAGUUUGGGGACUGGCUUCUGGGGACACCUCAGAAGGAGGAGGAGCUGGAAUUGUGA